AUGAAUUCCUUUUUUGGUACAGAAUCACCCCACAAGCGACAACAGGGGAGGCGCCAGCUGUGAUUCUGAUGGGACGGAGACCAAGAAGCUGCCGCCUGGACUUACUACAUCCGGAUCUGGCAAGAAAGACAAGGGAAGCACAAGAGCAACAAAGGAAGGAUCAUGACAAAUCUUGCAGUUACCGGAAUCUGGAGACGGGGCAAACAGUGUUUGUGCGUAACUUUGGCAGGGGCCAGGAUUGGUUAGCAGGCGUGGUUGAGAGUCAGAUGGGACCCUUAUCUUUCAGAGUGAGGUUAGAGGACGGACGGGUAGUCAAGCGACACAUGGAUCAUGUUCGACAAAGAACGACCGAGACUAAAAGUCCAGAGGGACAAGCAAUGAUGAAGGACAGUCCCAACAUUGGGGUAGACCAACAGCAAGGAGAAGAGAUCACAAGAUUGUCAACAGCAACGAACGCUCCGGAUGUCACCGAACAUCAGCAAACAGAACAAGCAGAGACCGAGGCUGAUCAGCAAUUGGAAAUGAGAGCUGCCGACGUUCCGCCUGUCCUCGGCGUUUCGCACGGAUUUCGAGACCUCCAGAAAGACUGGAUCUGUGGGGUAGUAAUGUGGGAACUUAGAAAAUUUAGAGGGAAGGGGUGGAACAGUUUAGAGUUGUUUUGGGGGAGGUGUCUUGGUGCGCCUGCGCAGUAG